AUGCUGAUGACUUAUGGCAAGACUGCUCUUGCGGUGUCUGCCAAUCUGACACCAGCCAGCUGGGGCGCUCAUAACCCUCUCCUGGCUACUUGCGCGGUUGUCUGCAGUACUGGUGUCGUUAUCAUCGCUGCACCGGGUCUUACUAUAGUCCCCGUGUUACCAGGAAUGAGGUUCACUGCUGGCGGUAUCAAGGCAGGUUCGGCGGCUGCAGCGGCUCAUAGCUCGAUCGGCAAUAUUGCAGCUGGGAGCGCUAUGGCUGUUGGACAAAGUGCGGGUGCAGGAGGUGCCGGCAUCGCCAUCGUGAAUGGUGUGGCUCAGCUUGGUGGUGCUGCUAUGGGAUUGGGAAGUCCGGGUCUGGCUUGGCUCAAGAGAAAGCCGAUUUGA